AUGCCCAUCGGCGUAGCACUGAUCGGGGGAGGAAUCUGGGCACGAGAAGAGCAUCUUCCAGCCAUCCUCGCGUCGGAAGAUUUGACUCUCAAGGCUAUCUAUUCACGGUCGCGCAAGUCCGCAGAGGAAACAGCCAGCGCAUCCAAAACCCAAGUCGACCUGUACUCGGACGACUCGGAGCACGGCUACGAUGAAUUAUUGAAACGCAACGAUAUCGAGGCCGUGAUCAUUGCACUUCCCAUCGUUUCCCAGGCCUCGUAUAUCCGUGCGGCGCUUCUCGCGAACAAGCAUGUCCUGUCGGAAAAGCCCGUCGCCGAGAACGUGGCAGAGGCAAAAGAAUUGAUCAAAUGGUACGGCGACGAGAUCAAACCCCAUGGUAAAGUGACCUGGGGUGUGGGUGAGAACUUUCGCUAUCUCGACACCUUUCGACAUGCACGAGAGAAAAUCAAGGAGCUCGGCAAGAUCACCGGGUUUCUGGUGAGGCUAUACGGCGAUGUUCAACCCGAUGGGAAAUUUUACAAUACGGAUUGGAGAAAGGUGCCCACUCACCAAGGUGGUUUUAUUCUCGAUGGUGGUGUCCAUUUUACAGCUGGUCUCCGCUACCUGCUAGGUAGCAAUGUUCACAUCACCCAAGUAUCCGCAUUUACUACUUUGAUCAAAGACUACUUACCCCCCGUUGACACGGUGAAUGCCAUCCUCAAAGCCAACACGGGUGCCCAGGGGACUCUCCAGGUCUCGAUGGGUACUCAUGGCCCUGCGCCUGAAUGGACGGUCGGGUGUGAGAAAGGUAGCGUGAGCGUGGGAGACUCGAGCGUCACGGUGAGAAUGGCCGAUGGCCAGGAACACGUCGACAAGAUUGAAAAUGAGCGCAGCGGUGUGCCGCCAGAAGUGAGGCUGUGGGCGAAGGCUCUUGCGGGUGGUAAAGUGAAUCCGGAACAGAGUCCUAGUCAGGCACUGGCUGAUCUUGAGCUGAUCGAAUUGAUGCUACGUUCGGGCGAGAAUAAUGGACAACCUCAAACUUGCCAGUGUCAACAAUCAGCUGAUGUUUGA